GCUGGUGUCAUGUCACCUUCGCUAGUACAUAAGUUGCCCUGACCUCUCCUGAUCUCGGUUUGAUUCCUUAUUCACUUUAUCUCAAGCUCUAAAGUCGUCAUCUUUCAAUUUCCACUUCCCUCUUCAACCAAAUUUCUACCAUCUACAAUCUACAGAACAGCCUCAGAACAAUGCGUUACUCAACCCUUCCAGUCCUCGCCGUUCUGGCACUCGCCUCUACCUCCAACGCCGUACCUCAAAUCGAUAGUGUCAUCGACUCGCUGACCUCUGUUGUCGGCGGUGGUUUCGACACGGCUACCUCAGACAUUGGAGGAGCACUUUCAACCGCAACCUCCUAUCUUGGCGGAGCUCUCUCAACAGCUACAAGCUACGCAGGAGGAGCGAUUUCGACCGGAAUAAACGCUGCUAACUCUGCAAUCUCUGCAGCAGAAAGCGAUGCCUCCAGAGCGAUUGCCAGUAUCUCCAGUGUGGCAGCUACAGCUACAGGAGCAGCGAAGAGCAGCUUGCAGAGCGAGAUCUCGAGCAUAAGCAGCAAGGCGGCAGCGGCUGAGAGUAGCAUCAGGAGUGCGGCAUCGAACGCCGCCAACUCGGCGACACGAUCUUCUACGGCUGGUGCAGCAGUUAUGACACAAGCUCCCAUCUGGGGUGCUGCUGCUAUGGGCGCGGCUUUGUAUUUGAUCUGAUUGGAAUAUUGGUCAAGAAUCGGGCUGGAAUAUUUGGAGUGGAAUGGUGCAUGGCUCGGGCAUAAACAUGGCAUGGACAUUGGCGUUUUGGGGGUAGACAUUUGGGAUUCUGCGUAAAUACCAACAAUGAAGAUCUUUGAACGCCGUUGCUGUUCAUUUCCAUGUCUGUUAUUGUUGCAUAAUUAGUUACUCUUCGCACGUCUGCGAGGGAUCCGAGACUCGGUGCGAGCUUUGCUCAGACCGAGAAGUUGGAACAAGCCUUGGUGCAAGGCCAGGGACAUGAGAUAUAUCAGAAGUCUAGACGAUUGAGUUCGGACGAAAUCACCUUUCGUAUGGCUCUUAUACUUUUCCUGCACAGGGAUAUGCCGGUCAGUGGAAGUUUACCACGAAUU